AAUAAAUUUUGCAGGAAAUUGCAAGUCUUCAAGAACUAGCUUGUCAAACUGCAUGAAAGGCAUGAUGCAUCUUUCCAUCAAAUAACUAUCUCGAGUAGCAAAUAAUUUAUGGCGCAGAAGUUCGUUUUUUUCCUUUACGCUUUUUCGCCAUCAUGAAAUUUUGAUUUUCACGGGAAUCAUCGUUGAUUGAAGGUUAAUGAGUAAUUCUCAUCGUUAAUUCUAAAAUAGGAUAAGUCACGACGAAAUUUGAGCGUGUCUUACCGUUAAAAUGGAUAUUGAACACGUAUUACAAAACGAUAUUAGACAAUGCUUGCAAAUGAUAGUGUCGGGAAACCACGCUGCCGUCAACGAUGGUUGGUUAAUGCUGAUCAAUCUACGAGAUAGUCAAGAAUUUGGCCAGCUGAUCGAUUAUGAGGAUAUGCUAAGGGACAUCCUCAAGAGUCAGGUGUUGAACACGUCGGAAGUGCCGAAAAUUAUGGCGUGGCUGGCACCGUAUAUAGUAGAAAAACGCUCCGUCAGUCCAAUCUCCAACGAUGUCGCUUUAUUAUUACGGAAUACCGAUAUCAAAGACAUGUCGCACUUGACCGAACUCCUGGAUACAAUGGUGAGCAACAGAGUGUACCUUUCAAGAUCGGCGAAUCAUACGAAACUCUGCGAGGCGAUAGUCAUAAGUUUGUCUUCCUUUCAAAUGCCCUUCGAGGCGAAAAAAAUUCACGAGUUCAACGACAACACUAUCAAGAUUCAAAAUUUUCUCAAAGUGCUAUGUUCAAACACAAAGAACGGAGAACGUGACAUUGUAAUAUUUACUUGUCUUCAAACUUUAUACAAUAUAAUAUCAGAUGUAAACAGAAAACAAGAACCAGGCCCAGGACUCGCUGCCAUACUGCAGUUGGUGGAUUCUUCUGUUAUUCCACAGGCAGUGGAUUGGAUUCUGUCACAAUCACAUUCUGAUCAUCAAUUAGUGCAAGCCUUGAAAGUUUUAUGCAACUGGCUUCCAAAAUAUAAUGGAGAUCGACUUAGCGUCUGGAUAAUGGAGUUCAUACGUGGUUUGGAAAAGCAACAAAAAUACUCGAUUCUUCUUGAACUUACAGAAUCCUCAGUAGAUUUAUUAGUAUUAAUGUGCAGUGUGUUGAUGGUACCAGUAAUUCGUCAAAAUGCUUCCAACAUUAUAUUUUAUAUUUUAAAGAGACAAAGCUCGCCAUCAAUUGUUCAAAAUAUAGUUAAGAGAAUACCAAAAUUGAUAAGAGACCUGAUGAAGGAAGAUUCAGAUUCUAGUAAAGAAUGUAUACAGAAUUUAGUCGACAUUAUGAAAGUAUAUAGCAAAAGAUUUUCAACAUGUAUACCAGCAUGUGGAAGUACAGAAAAUUAUCCUUAUCCCGUGUUACCACAGAUGCAAGUUGUCAAAGAACUUUACAGAGAGCCAAUAUGGAAAGAUGAGACAAAGGAAUUCGAACCAAUUGUGGAACCGGAAAGACAGUUGUCCGGAAAAGUUGGACUCUCUAAUCUUGGAAACACUUGCUACAUGAAUAGUGUACUCCAAGCUUUAUUAAUGACCAGACAAUUCUGCCAAGAAGUAUUAAAUUAUCAUCCUACAAACGAAGCGGGAAAAACACCAUUAUUAGAGAAGCUUCAAAAUUUGUUUGCACUACUACUGCACUCCAAGAGAUUAUGCUUAGCACCGACAGAAGUUUUACGAGCAUCAAGACCUACGUAUUUUCUUCCCGGACAGCAGCAGGACAGCUCGGAAUUUCUCUGUCAUCUUCUGGAUGUUUUACACGAGCAAGAAAAAUCUGCUAAUACAAACUGUGGAGGAAAUGAUAAUGCAGCAACUCUUAAAUGUAAAAUGGAGAAGCAAGAUGAUGAUAUGACAUUGUCGAUGGAACCAACAAAGGGCGUCAUCAAGCGUUGGACGACCGAGGAAGAUCUGACAGAAGGUUUGGCGUUGCAACGGAAAACGCAAUCAUUGGCCGAUUUCACACGAGGCGAAGAGCUAGGACAACGGCUCAGCGAUUCUCACUCGGAUUCGACAGAUAGCGGUAUACAGUCAGUUGGUGGAGAAGAAACGAACACAUAUACAUCCCUUGUACAUAGGGUACUGGGCGGAGAGUGUCAAAUCACCUACCAAUGCGCGCAAUGUGACACCAGCUCUCGCAAUACGGACAAAUUUCGCGACUUGCAAUUGUGCUUCCCCGAGGAGAUACAAGAGAAUCAGGAAGUCUCCGUUCAGGAUCUCAUAAAUUAUUAUCUCACGCCGGAGAAGCUAACGGGCGAGAACAAAUAUCGAUGCGACAAGUGUACGAAAUUGUGCGAUGCGCAGAGGAUUAUCACAAUUCUGCAGGCACCUGCACACUUGGUUUUAACGUUAAAACACUUCCGAUACGAUUUCGACACUCGAUUAAGGACGAAACUUCGACAUAAGGUAGUAUAUAACGAUACCAUACAGUUGCCGGUAUCGGCGAUAUCGUGUACUAUAGCCGAGACGUAUCAAUUAUAUGCUGCUGUUGUACAUUCUGGAUACAGUAUGGAUUACGGACAUUAUUUCACGUACGCCUGUGAUUCUAAGCAGAAUUGGUACAAAUUUAACGACAAUUACGUACGACAGACCACGUUCGAGGAUUUCAAGAGUUUGAAACCCCCGGACACGCCCUACAUAUUGUUUUACGUAAAAUCGGGAACUCACGACGGAAUCUACGAAGACGACAAGCCCGAAUUGUCCACUCUUAGUAAACGUCUGCAGGAAUUGAUAGCAAAUGACACCACCGAUUAUAUAGAAGAGCUGAGACGUCAAGCAGCAGCAUCGCAACGUAGCCAGCUUCCAACGAGAUCUUUGAGGCAGCAUAACAAUUCCGACGAUGAUAAUCCGCCACCUAGCAGCUGUCGCGGUGCAACCGAUAUCCCGGUGAAUCGCUAUCUCUAUUAAACGAGCGGAUCUAUUAUAUGAACGG